AUGAGUGCGCUGCACGACCUGCUCCGCCUCUACCGCCAUCUCGGUUUCCCGCCCGUCGACAUGCCGCCCUCUUCCUUCGACGAUAUGGACAGCCGCGAACCGACUCCUUCACUGCGCGACAUCGAUCUCGAUUCCUUCCGUGAACAUGGCCAGCAGAAAGAGCAGAUGUCGCCGUUCCUGCAGCUGCCUAACGACUUGUUCAGGUGUGUUAUGGAUUACCUUGACAGAGAUUCCGCAUGGUCUCUCAAGCGGGUCUGCAAGGGCACGUCCACAUCCAAGGCCAUAGACGAGCUGCUAUACCGAUAUCCGCUGCAAUUGAACGAUGUUAAGGACAUCAGGCUGGGCGACUGGAACUACAGACCCAUGGGCCAGGCUCGCUGGUCCUGCUUCAAAGCGAGCAUUGACGACAAGAACCGACACCACGUGCAGAAACUCGCGCUAAGUCAUUGGUGCAGUAUAGACGACUUCAAAUGGAUAGAAGAACAUUUGCCUUCUUUGACGAGCAUGGACCUCUCAGCCAUCAAGGACUUCGUCUGGACUCCUGAGGAAACGUGGACAUGGAAGGCGCUGGCUGAGGCUUGCCCGACUCUGUUCGCACGCUUGGAAGAGCUGGAGGUGUCGAAUUGGGCUGACUACACCGCGCAUUCCCGCAUCGAGUACAGCUAUGCGUACAAUGAUUACAGGUUUAAACAACAAUAUCGCCUGUCGCGACGACGAGGCGGUGGGUCUGUCGCGAAGAUGAUCUUUCCCUUGUGCAAGAAAUUGAAGAUUUUGGCCAUCCGAGAGCGUUACUCUGGGUUCCAUACUUGGAACGAGUGGGAGGUGCACCAACGCGUGUGCUGCCUUAUAGAUGGCAUCAAGAACCACUGUCCACCAACCUUGACGAAGCUACGAGUCCAUGACUAUGGUGAGUUCAUUCAGUCUCUCACCCAAAUCGUUUACCGACAGGAUUCAGCGCCUUAUCGUUCACUCUUCUCGACCGACGCAUCCACAUGGUCAAACAUCAAGGUCGUAGAGAUUGGCUUGUACUCGUGGAUGGAGGACCGUCGGGACCGCGAUGUGAUCGGACCGAUACCAUAUCGGAUCACUCAAGGCCACCAUCACCGCGAUGAAGAAGAGGCAUUUGACGAUAAGACAUACGAUGAUUGCAAGCGGAACCACAUGGAUCUAGGCAACAACGUCGUUCAAGGCGCCGGUGCUUCUUUUGAAGAUCUCCUCAAGAGUCUUCGCAAUAUUACACACAAGUAUCCCUCGGUGACCAUCAAGCCAAUGGACACCCUUCGUGAUAUUACUCUGCAUCCUUUUCACCUUGUCAAUGUCAACCAGCGACGGCACCCUGGAAACGCACAACAGAACGCGCAACAGCCAGAUCCUGUCGCUAAUCUCGAGAUACAAGAGGCGUUGCAAUGGUUAGCAGAGAAGUGCGGCUGGAGGCCAAUUCUUGCAUGGGACAGCAUGAUGUGCGACGUCUUCCCAGCGAAUCUCGAGCCAAGCCGCUCUUUUCUCCCCAAAGAAGAAGUUUUAUCUCGUAUCAAGACCAUGAUCGCCACCCUACGUUCGCUCGACAUCCCCAUCCGUAUCUCAAUUGGCGACCGGACCAACAGCUGCCCUAGUUCAGGUCUAGAUGGUAACCUCUACUUUGGGGAUUACAAGACCUUCGUUGGAGAGGGUGAGACCAAGCGCGAGCUUCUAGCCCCCACUCAAGCCUCCUUCAAUCUGGCCGGCAUUGCGCACAUGGUCGAUGAACUCACCAUUCAAUAUCCUGGCGAUGUGCCCGGUGUUCAUGGCUGGCUGCGCUCUUCGCGCGGUACGUCAGAAGCCGAGAAAGUACUGUUUGCCCGCGAACUCAAAGGUUGGCGCCGCUUUUGGGAGCGCUACGCACGCCUAUUUACGAACUUGAAGAAACUCACUAUCAACGUACCGAUAAGCAUUUACAAUGAUUGGGGUAAGUGCGAGGGUUUGCGCGAACUGCUUGGUGACAAGCGUUGGGAGAUGCUAGAGGUGGAAGAGAAAGGCGGGGAUUUUGGCUUCUUCGGGAGUUACUUCCCAUUCACGAGCUUCAGGUACAAUCACUUAAGAAAGAGGACUCGCAUGAAGUUUGUGCAACGCGUGUUCUUUCGACAGGACUUUAAGCCGCUUCGGCUGAAUCCGAAGCACACGCAACUUGAGGAUAAAGAGCGCGAAGCACUGGAGAUCACGGAUGGGGAUAUUGAGGCACCGGACGGGCUUGACGAGCAUCGCUUUUGGCCCGUGGAGCAGGAGAAGAACAACGGAAAGGGCAUCGGCGAGAAGAGAAAAGCAAACGAUGUCGAUGGAGAAGACGGCAAUGCAGACGGCGAGGAACCGGCGAAGAAGAAGAGCAAGACCCAGAGCGAUUGA